AUGGUUUCAGUAAGGAAGCUCGGUGGCGCACUCCAGCGGAUACACUCAUCGGAGUUUCUGCAUAAGGGUGGCCAAACUUUAGGAUUUCAGUUAUUAUUUCUUCAUAAAGACUUGAAAUUUAGCAUCAAGUCAUUCAGGGUGCCAGAACUUUACAUUGAGGUUCCUGAAACUGCUACCGUUGGUUCUCUGAAGAGGAUGGUCAUGGAGGUAGUUACUGCUAUUCUUGGAAGUGGACUACAAGUUGGGGUAGUUCUUCAAGGGAAGAAGGUUAGAGAUGACAAUAGAACUCUUCAGCACGCUGGUAUUUCUCAAAGUAGCAACCUGGAUUCACUUGGUUUCGCAUUGGAGCCAAGUUUUGCACAUGUUUGUGGACAGAGGACUCCAAAUGAUCUUCCUCUGGUAUUACAAUGUGAUGCAGAUCUACUAUCCUCCAGGAUACCCUUCUCUUUGACAGAAGUGGAAGCACUGGUUGAAGCAGUAGAAAAACUUAGAACUGGAAGGUGUCGCAAUGUUAAAAUGCGUGCAUUUGAGGAUGCAGAUCACAGAACUUAUGUGGACUUGAAGGAUAAAUGGAAGACCCUAGUUCAUACUGCAAGCAUAGCUCGUCAGCAACGAAGGGGAGAGCCUGUGCCACAGGAGUUGUUGGAUAGAGUCCUAGCAGCCCAUGCGUAUUGGUCACGGCAUCAACCAAAACACGGAAAGCAUAAAGUCGAACCUUUGCAAAUCACCUAUUCUCCACUAGAGAUGGUAGGAGCUUGA